AUGGGCAAGCCUUUCGCCGAAGUUAUUAAGAUCGGAGAAAUGGUAGAGAAUGGCAUAAAGUCGGGUAAUAUUAUGAGUCAAGCAGCCAUUAGAGCUACCACACAAGCAAUACAAAGUGGAUCUGGUAAUUUUACCAAUCGAAAAAAGAAGGAGGAAGGGUCCAUGACGGCAUCUGGAUCGAGAGGUGUUCAAAUGGGCAUGAACAAUCCUUAUGGUCAAGUCCAACAAGAACAAUAUAAUUCUCCUCAGCAUUAUUACCCGUCCCAAUAUGCAGUUCUCAAUACUCAGGCAUAUGUCCAGCCUCCUUCGCGCCAACAAUGGCGGGGGCCUGCCCCACAAGUUUCUCGCCCCCAACAACAAAAUUUCCAGGCGCCAUACAAUCCACGUCCCCAGACGAACUAUACGAGUGAACAAGGUCGAAAAGAAAAUUUUACCCCAAUUGGGGAAUCGUAUACGAGUUUGUUACAAAAAUUAAUACAAUUGAGACUGGUUGAAAUUGUCAAUCCGUAUAUUGUCAAUCCAAAUGCAAGAGGUUUUGAUCCAACUGUUAUAUGCGAUUAUCAUGCCAACGCUCCAGGUCAUAGCACAGAGAAUUGUUGGACCCUAAAAAAAGUCAUUGAGAAGUUAAUCGAGGAUAAAGUAAUCGAGGUACGCAAUGAGGAAGCACCAAAUGUCACCAAUAACCCACUCCCUGCUCAUAAUAAUGAGCAUCUUGUGGGGAUAAUUGACAUUUUUGAAGAUUAUGAGCAAACAAGUAGAACAAAAGUGGAAAGCAAGGUUUUAAAUGAAGAGUCUAGUAUGGUUUUGGAACCCAUACAAAGGGCACCGAUAAUUGUUAAAGGUGCACGUUCGAAUUUUGGGAUCUCGAGAAAGAUAGUGUUGUAUGUCCCUGAAUCUAUAAAAAGAGGAGACAUACCGUUGAAUGGACCAAAAUGCUACAUUCCUGGUAAAUCUUCAACGUUUGAUCAAAAUCAAGAAAGUAUGAAAGAGCCAGUUGUGAUACAAAUUGCAACACAACUUCCGAUCACAAACACCAAGGCCGUUCCUUGGAACUACAACAAAGUCGUCGUUACUCACAAGGGAAAGGAUAUUAUCGAAGAAACAAAUGAAACAAGAGGCUUAACUCGUUCCGAAAGAUGUUAUGCUCCGGAAGAAUUAAAGAGGGACAAACAAAUCAAAGAAAAUCAGUUGCCGAUGAAAAAACCAGUCACUGAGGAAGAUGCUGAAGAGUUUCUGAAAAAGAUGAAAGCUCAAGAUUAUUCUGUUAUAGAUCAGUUGAGGAAAACGCCUGCUAAAAUCUCUUUAUUGUCAUUGCUCAUACAUUCUAAAGAACAUCGUGAAGCGUUGACCAGAAUUUUGAAUGAGGCACAUAUAUCAGAAAAUAUUACAGUAGGUCACUUGGAAGAGAUGGUCAAUCGAAUUUAUGAGGUAAAUAGGAUCACUUUCACUGAUGAUGAAUUGCCCUUGGAAGGAUCUGGACAUAACAGGGCUCUACAUUUAACUGUGAAAUGUGAAGAACACUAUGUGAAGAGAGUCAUGGUCGAUGGAGGAUUAGGUGUAGACAUAUGCCCUCUUUCCACUCUACAAAGCUUGAAAAUCAGCACUGAUAGGAUUCGUACUAACAAUGUUUGUGUACGGGCGUUUGAUGGUGCAAAACGGGAUACUCUUGGAAAUAUACUUAAUUUGUACAAUUGGACCAGCGGAGUUUGGAAUCACUUUCCAAGUUAUAGACAUGGACACGUCUUACAAUCUGCUUUUGGGUAG